AUGCGCAUCACUCACCUUGGCACGCUCUUCUCUCUCGCCCUAAGCGCGAACAGUAUACCAACGGCAUCCCCACCUCCAAAAUCCCACUACUACCUCCCCAAGCGCCUCAUCGCACUCGAAGAGCAUGCCGUCUCCCCCUCGCUCGAAGCCGAGAUCAUCGCCAGCGGCCUAACCCAGCGCAACCCCGGCAUACUCGCCAAACUCAAAGACGUCGGAGCAGGCAGAAUCGCCGCCAUGGACGCCGGCCACGUCUCUCUUCAAGUACUCGCACAGCAAUCAGCUUCAGGAUCUGAGGACCCAUCAGGAUGCCGCGCAGCCAACGAUGCCAUCCGCGAUGCCAUCAAAUCAAACCCUAAACGUUUCGCCGGCUUCGCAGUCCUGCCCAUGGCGCUCCCCGACGAAGCAGCCACAGAACUGAACCGCAGCGUAACCGACCUCGGUUUUAAAGGCGCAAUGAUCUGGAACCACCUCAAAGACGGCACCUACUACGACGCCGCACGCUUCGACCCCGUCUUCGCCAUGGCACAAGCCCUCGACGUCCCACUGUACCUGCACCCUGCAUCCCCCACCGCAGACAUCACCUCCAAGCUCUUCGCAGGCAACUAUCCCGCCGCCCUCGCCGGCCGCCUAGGCUCCAACUCCUGGGGCUGGCACGUCGACGUCGGAACGCACGUGUUGCGUCUCUACGGCGCCGGCCUCUUCGACCGUUUCCCCCGUCUCAAACUCAUCAUCGGACACAACGGCGAAGGCCUACCCAUGUUCAUCGACCGCAUCGACUCGACUGGCCUACGCAACGACACGUCGUUUGAGCGCGUGUGGAGCACGAAUAUCUGGUCCACGACGAGUGCGUUUUUUACGGUCCGCCAGUUUGAGCAGCUGAGGCAGGUUAGUCCUGUAGAGCGCAUCAUGUAUUCGGUGGAUUAUCCGUUUAGUGACAUGACGGAUGGGUGGGCGUUUGUGGAGAAGCUGGCUGAGGCGAGGGUGUUGAGGGAUGAGGAAAUGGAUUUGUUUGCGCAUGGGAAUGCGGAGAAGCUACUGGGGUUGUGA